GAAUUGCGUCAAAAUGGCCGACGGAGACUCAAACGAAACUCCCGCGAAAAGAUUAAAAUUGGAUGACUCUUCUUCCGAUCAUGUUCCAAAUGCCAACUUUGGAUCAGGUCAAAGUGGAACUAGUGAAAAAGCUACAUCACAUAUAAAGGUCGUAGAAGAUAAGAAAAGCACAGCAUCAGUCAGCCAACAGGAUGAUCCAGGAGGGGAGCGAGUGAAUGGAGAAAUACAUACUGGGAAGGUACCAGUAAACAAAGAAGAUGCAGGGGAUGAGGUGAAUGAUACAGAGAGAAAUAGUCAGAGGAAGCAAGAAGAAAGUGAAGGAGAUGUACGUGAUGAAGAUGAGGAUGAGGAUGACAGACUAUCAAAUGUUAGUGGAAUCAGCGGCAUGUCAGAUCUCAGUGGAGAGGAGUCCUGGGCAGCUAAACCACCUGGUUCAAUAUCAUGGGUGUAUCGCUGUAUGUCAGACGGUAUGGAUCCACGUGUUUUACUGCGUCAGUUGAUGCCUGAUGGCUCGUCCGUCCCUGACUUUGACGACAUGUUCCUGUGGAAGUUGGUUGUUAGCAUGGUGACAGAGCCACCACCUAGAAAGAAACUGGAGGAUUAUAACACUCUGGAGGAUGCAGUCAAACUGCUGAAGACUUGCAGCAAGAUCAUGGUGCUUACUGGUGCUGGGGUGUCUGUAUCAUGUGGGAUCCCGGAUUUCCGCUCCAAGAAUGGUAUUUACGCACGUUUGGCUGUGGAUUUCCCUGACCUGCCUGACCCACAGGCCAUGUUUGACAUCAGCUACUUCCGGCGGGAACAGAGGCCUUUCUUCAAGUUUGCAAAAGAGAUAUAUCCCGGUCAGUUUGAGCCUUCCAAAAGUCACAAAUUUAUCAACCUGCUGGAAACACACAACAAACUGCUGCGUAACUACACCCAGAACAUUGACACGCUGGAACAGGUGGCUGGCAUACACAAUGUCAUACAGUGCCAUGGGUCGUUUGCCACAGCCACCUGUAUGGAGUGUAAGCACAAAUGUUCCAGUGAUGAGAUCAAGGAAGAUAUUAUGAACCAGGUUGUACCCAUGUGUCCCAAAUGUUAUCCCACGCUGCCCCUAUCUGUGAUGAAGCCAGAUAUUGUGUUUUUCGGCGAGAGUCUUCCGGAACAUUUUCAUGAGCGCAUGAAGGAAGAUAAAGAUCAGUGUGACCUACUGAUUGUCAUCGGGUCAUCUCUCAAAGUCCGCCCUGUUGCCCUUGUGCCCACCUCCCUUCCUCCCACUGUUCCACAGAUCUUGAUCAACAAGGAGCGUCUAAAGGGACAUAACUUUGACAUUGAGUUACUGGGUGAUUGUGACAUUGUGGUGGGAGAGCUGUGUCGGAGACUGGGAGAGGGUUGGGAGGCCCUAGCCCGCAAGUCAGAGAUGUCUAUAGUGACCCGAUCGGACCUCCCGACCCCCUCCACCACGCCUCCUCCUUCCCCCACCCGAGAAGCAGUGUUUGAGGUUGCUAACUUGGUCAAAGGGAAAGAACAGAGUGGCAGUGGGCAGGGACAGUUCCCAAAUGACAGUUAUGAAACUGUGAAAUCAAGGAAUGGUGUUAAUGAGAAUACAUCUGUUCUUGAUCCUAAGAAAGCCAGUUCAGAAGAAACUGGGUCUAAAACAGACAAUGUUGUCUGUGAACAAGAGAGAUCUCAAAAUUCAAAGAAAGACAAAAGUGACGCUAUCAGCUUUGACUGUAAUGAUAAAAUGGAAGUUGAGAAAGAGAAGCCUGUUGAUUUUAAGGGAGAUUCAGAAGGUAAAGCUGUUGAUCAAUCUAAAAGUGAUGAGAAAACAAACAAUGCAUCAGAAGCAAAACUAGACUCGGACAAACCUGAGACAGCUAUUUCUCAGAUGAAUGUGAAAGACAGUAAAGCUGAAAACUCUGAAACAAAACCUCAGGAAUCUAAAAAUGAUGGUAAAAAAAGUGUUGGUGAUACACCAGCUCAGGGAACAAGUGGUGAGAAGCCUGUUAAAAAGUGGAGGCCUGUCUACCAUUGCAACAUGGCAAAUCUGCUGAAAGCUGACCAGAUAUGCUUUGUCCCACCCUACCAGUAUGUAUUUCCUCUCGCUGACUUCCCCAUGCGUUACCAGAUCCCGUAUUUUGGAGAGGACAAAGAUAAGGUCGACAGGCCCGGAACCAGCGGCAAUGCGAUCGAUCUCACAUCUGAUAGUGAAAAGGAUAGUAUGUUUAAUGACAGUGACAGUGAUUCAGAUGCAUGUAUACUGGUGGAUUCGGAUGAUGAUGAGGAAGGAGAUGAAAGUGACAAUGAAAAAGAUGGGGCAGAUAAUAUGGAGUGUGUGAGUGGUGCCGAGAAGAAAGAUGUGUUGGAUAAGAUAAAGGAGAAAGAUGAAUCAGAGAAGGGUGAGUCUGAGAAUAUUAAGAAGGAUGAGUUGGAGAAGAUUAAGGGGAAGGAUGAGUCAGAGAAGGAAAAAGAUGACAAUAGUGAAAAGCUCACUGAAGUGCAAUAAAACUGUAUAUCUGUCAGAAUUUUAAAACCAUUUAUUUGUAUAUAGCAACUUCAUGAUUAUAUAACUAUUACUUUUAUAUAUUUUGUGUGCAAUUAGGGCAUACACUUUGAAAGUUUGAUUGUAUGGCAGCUUACAAUAACAUGUGUUUGUUGAAGAGAUUGUUUUGAUUUUUAUGUGAUUACAUUUUUUGAAGAAAUAUAUCAGGGCCCCCAUCACACCAGUACAUCACUACAUGUAUAUUUUGGAUCUCUUGAUGUAUAUAGCUUUUUCAGUGUUAUUACAAACCAUAUAAAGUAAAACAGCAAUGUGAUCAUGCAAAACCUUGAUUGUUUACUUUGUCAAUAUUUGACGAAUUUUGAAUAAAACUAUAGCAUUAUA